UUAAAACGGUUGGAAUAAAGUAGUGUUUAUACACUGCGAAUUGUAGCUAGCUAGUUGUACUGAGAUUUCUCUAAACAGUCAGAUUAGAGUAGCCACUCCUCCGUUAGCAUACGGAUGCUGGCAAUCAUCAUUCAUUGCUAACAACAGUUAGCUAGCGUUUCGCGAUGAUGGCUGGGGACUUGCAAGGUUUUGCGCUAGAAAAAGCCGAACUGCUUUCCAGCCGUUUAAAGGAGCUCCUGUCUUCGGGACAAGGAUAUGUUCGGACUCAGUUCGGGGUGGAUUUGGGUCUGAAGCCUGAUGUGUACCCGACGUGGGUCAUCCUGUCUACGGCCUCGAUGGGUCUCCUGCUGCUACUCUGUCUGUCCUGGGCUGCCGUCUGUGGCGGUCUGUUUGUCGGGAAAAAGCGGGGAUCCCCGGUCACCCAAGGCAACGGUGAGCCUGGCAAGGCCAAUUUAGCUAAAACUGCAAAACCGGAAGAACAGAAGAAGAGGAACAAAAAGAAAACGCUUGAAAAGAACACUCAGUCCAAUGGACAACCAGUGGCUGUAGCUCAAGAGGAAGUUACAUUGACAGAGGUAGUUUCCAAGCUGGCCCCGCAGAUCAAAACCAAGAAGGUGCAUGAGGUACAGGCCCCAGUGCAGGUGAAAAAGAACAAGAAGAAAACCAAGACAGUUGUGAAACCAGUCCAGCAUGUUUCUACAAAUGAUGGGAAGGAACCUGAUGAUGGUGCAUGGGAGACCAAAGUCAGUAACCGAGAGAAGAGGCAGCAGCGCAGGAAGGACAAGGGCCCUGAGGACUCUGGUGGCCCAGGAGGGGUGGAUGCUUCCAAGAGCAUUGUGGAGGCACCUGUGGCCACAGUCCCUACCAACACCAAGAAGAACAGAGGAAACCAUGAGUCCCUGCAUCCAAGAACCGCUGGAAAGGUGGAGACAGCCAGUGGAGCUGUGUCCUCCAGCUGGAGAGAGGAGCCUUCAGUCAGUGCUGGAGGUUGGACUCAUGUCAACAUGUCUGUGAAGAUCCCCCCUCAGGUGGGUGCUAUGGAGGGGACCAAGUGGAGUGCCAUACCCACGGCUGCACAUUACAGGGCUCCACCCAAGCCUCAGUCCUGGAGACAGGAGACGCAAGCAUGGAGUGGCAUUGAUGGUCGGAUAAAGAAUGACCUCAACCCUGUGACCUUCUCCAUGCUGGGACGAAACACCACAGACCCAAUAUCAAAUUCAAUGGAGCUGCAGUGGUCACGGUGCCCUGAUGUUGAUGAUGAAUGGUCUGGACUAAAUGGGGUGGCAGCAGUGGACCCCAGCUCUGACUGGAAUGCCCCAGAAGAGCACUGGGGAAACUAUGAAGAGCCCCCUGUGUUGGUGACCCCAGCGCCUCCAUUGAAAGAACAGCAUGUCCCCAACAAGCCGGUAUUGGAGGAUGAGAAGGACACUCACGAUCCGUCCGGUGGAGCAGCCAAAUCCAAGAAGAACAGGAAAAAGAAGAAGAAAACAGAAGAGGAGGCUGCAUCUGAGGCUCAGACGGUGAGCACAGUGCCCCUGGUCAGUACAGUACCCAAACCCCAAGGGCCUCCUGAGCUGGCCUCCAAAAAGCAAAAUCCCAGCAUAUCCUCCUCUCAGAAGAAAUCUGAGCAGAUUGUGGAGCCUCUGAAGCCCUCCCUAAAGAAAAAGGUCCGAAGGGAAACAUGAAGUCACACAGGUCCAUACACAGCAUAUGCAAAUGAUUGUAAAAUGUGUCACAUGCAAUAAUUACCAGGUACCAAGUUUCUUUCUGAGAUACAUUAACAGGUUAUCAGUUGCUGAAACAAAAAGAAAACAAGCAGUGGAUAUCACCUGCUUGGCUAAAUAUAGUGAUGAAAUGUGGUCCUGUGGACUAAAAUCUUAACUAAUUUGCACUAUUUGCUACACUGCAACUGAAUGGAGUUUCAGGGGAGGACUUGCAGUGGAGGUACAUGUUCAUGUAAUUAUUUUUUAUGGCAUCAAAAGGUUUUUUUUUUCCCUCCAAGAGUGUAUGUUUAUAAUUAUUAACCCAAAAAUACAAACGGGUUUCAUUUUAUUUUUUGUUAUAUGAAAAAUUGAAGUGUAAGAGAAGAAUACAUUUUUGCUCCCCAGAAUAUUGCACUUUGUUUUGUUUGCCAUGCUUCUGCCCCUAUAUCAACUGUCAAUUACUAAAAUUUGUGGGAGCAGGCUACAUGUGAGGGCUGGUCUCAGAUCAGGAUAAAUUCAGAUUUUUUUUCAAUUCUCUCUCAGUAGAAGUAGUAUGUAAAUUAAGAUAGUUAGGGGUUGCUGUAAUCAUCCCCCUUCUUCGUACUGCCCAUUAAGUGAUAACCUCAGAGCAACCAAAUGCAAUGUAGAAAUGGGGGACACAAAUCUGCAUUCCUCAUUUUGUGCAAAAAUACAUUCUAAAGUAGAUCUGAUGCUAAUAUGAGGGUGGCUGUAGCUAAGUGAGUAAUAGUGUCCAAAUAGAUGGAUAUUUACCAAAGGAAUGGUCUGUUUGGUACAAAAUUCUGUCUUUGUUUCCCUGCGUUUUCUUGCUGAGGUGUAAGGUCACAUAUAGGUUUGUUGCCAUGACAAAAGCCUGACUAUAAACCUACACAUGACUGCCAGGACAAAGGUUUGAUUUGGCUAUUCUCAGACUGCUGAAGCCUCAUGUUAGUUUUGGCUGAACUUUAGGCGGCACUUUUGCACAGCAAAAAUGCAUUUUGUACUUUACAUUGUAGUCACUCUAUGAAGGUAUCAUUACACAGCCUGUAUGGGCAGGAGAAAUGAUUACAGCAACCUAUAUCUCUUUCAACGAACAAAUUACAUGCAACUGUUGUGUUAAGAUAACUUUGCCUAUCCUCUAAAGUGAUAUCUCCCUAAAUCUGUCCUUUGGCUGUGUGGUUUAUAAAAGCUACUUUAUGAAGAAUGGCAGCUGUUAUCAGGUUGUUUCACACAAAAAAAAAAAGAAAUGUGGCCAUUCUCCACAACCACUCCUGCAGUGUAAUCCACCUCUUCACUGUCCAUCUGUGUGGUAGUAUGUUCCAACAUUUCAUUAUUAUGCCAAAAUAUGGUUAAAUACACUACUGCCUGAGCUUCAGAGCGGUGGGGAAAUCGAGAGACACUGAAGCAGUGUAUUUAACUGUUCAGAGCACACUACCAGCUGAACAGUUACUGAUUCAUCACUUAUGGAUCAGAUCAGAUCAUUUCUUUAAAGACUACUCUAAAUGAGAAAUGUGGACGUUGGAUUCAUACUGAAUUGUUGAUAACUGUUAUGUAGAGAGCACAGUAACUGAUAUGAACCACCAGGAGGCACUGUAAUGUGAAUUAAAGGAGUAGUGGGACUAUCCCACAAAGCAGUAGCACUAUUAAGUAUUGUCCCUCUACUUUUAUUAUUCUAAGUAUAUCUUUAUCUGACUAGACUGUGCAUUGAUUUUCGAGAGACUUAAUGGUCCCUUCUGCACUCUUAUCUGAUUUUUAAAGUAUUUUUUCUUCCAGUUAUUUGUGCUAGAAAAAGCCAUGCCAUAUGUACAGAUUGUAAGGGCUUUUUCCAGUUAUGUGAUUGCUCUGUGCAAAAGGCUGUAUUGAGCGCCUUUUGAUGUUGAUGAAUUGUUUUUUUACUAACUUUUUGCAGAAUGUGUCAUUUCUUUUGGUUUGACCUGACUUCCAGGAUUUAUGAUGGCGGCUUUUUGUUUUUCAUUAAUUGAGAAUGAAGACAUACAUAGCGAUAUGAUACAGAGCAGCUUUAAUUUCACAAUAAAGUUGGUUUUAAACAAAACACACACACAAUAACACAUUUAUAAAAGGAAUUUAAUUCCACUGCCUUAACCUGUAGUUGUAUAGAAAAUGCAUUGACAUCCUUUUUUAUAGUUUCCAACCAAUUGCAAGUUUUGAUGUCAGAAAGUAAUUUCAUCUUGCAUGACUUUGAUAAUAGUACUUGUGUACAUGAAAUGAAAGAUGUCUUGCUUUUACUCUAAGUACUUGGUCCUGGAGUACCACUCAGCAUAUAUAUAAUUUAAUAGCUUUUUUUAAUGAUCAAAUUGCAGCUUUUCUGUGGGCAUCCAAUUUAGUGGACAUUAACAGGAGUCUGUUGUAGUCAAAGAGCCUUUGUGCAUCAAGGUGUUGAUCAGCUGGUGGUGAUGAAUAGUUGUUAGUAAAGCUAAUAGAACAAAAUAAUAUGUCGCUGUGGCUUCAGGCAGGCCUUUUUGUUUACUGAUGAUUCAAAUGGAUUCAAUUAAUGUAUUUAUAUACUUGUCUCCAGGACAUGGUUAUGUGAAUGAUUUUGUUUAUUGAGGAGAUACAAAUGAUAUUUCUAUGUUUGUUAAAAAUGAAAAAUAAAUGAGAAUUGCUUGAUAU